AGCAAGUACACAUGCUAGUGUUAUCCAGUCAGUAUGUGAGCGCGCCUGAUUGUCAGUGCUUGAGCGACGACGAUUCGAAUACUUCGUUGACUUAAUUUCAAGUUCAAGUGGCCGUCAGUGUAUGAAAACAAAUACAAAUUGAAGUUGUACUACAACCGCUUCCAACCGACAAAGACCGUUAUCAUGAUUUACGGUUAAUUAAUUUAGACACAAAGUAAUAUUAGGAGGCUAGGAUCGUGUUUAUAUCGCGCAUCAAUUGUUUUCUCAAAGAAGAACGUAACAAUCAACAAACAAAAUGAAAGAGAAAGUUAAAUAUCCUAAGUCUGUCUUCUUUAUCGUCAGCAAUGAAUUCUGCGAACGAUUCUGUUACUAUGGAAUGCGAACAAUUCUUACCAUUUACCUUACGGACAUGCUGCUGUAUACGCCGCACGAAGCGACAAUCAUAUUUCACGUUUUCACUUGCUUGGUUUAUUUCUUCCCCAUUUUCGGUGCGAUGAUUGCAGACAGUUACCUUGGAAAGUUUCGGACUAUACUUUACCUAUCCAUAGUGUAUGCACUGGGGAGCGUUGUUCUAGCCGUAUCUUCGACGAGUGCCAUUAAUAUGCCACACACAGAAAUUUCCAUGGUUGGUCUAGUGUUGAUCGCACUUGGAACCGGUGGAAUAAAGCCUUGCGUGGCCGCUUUCGGUGGUGAUCAAUUCAUCUUGCCUCAGCAAGAACGUCAAUUGACAACAUUUUUCAGCAUGUUCUACUUUGCCAUUAACUUUGGUAGUUUUAUAUCGACGUUCAUUACACCACUUUUGAGAAAUGCUGCCUGCUUAGGCGAAACUCACUGCUUCCCUCUCGCCUUUGGUAUUCCCGGAGCACUGAUGAUCGUUUCAAUCGUUAUAUUCGCGGCUGGUAAGCGUUUGUACAGGAUGCGUCAACCUGAAGGAAACAUGGUUAUUAAAGUUAGCAAAUGUAUUGGGAAUGCUAUUGUAACUAAAUCGAAAACAAAGAAACAUGUGAAGAAAGAACAUUGGUUGGAUUACGCUGAAGAAAAAUUCGGAACACAAUUGGUCAAUGAGAUUAAGACGACUCUGCGAGUGCUGCUUUUGUACAUUCCGCUUCCCGUUUUCUGGGCUCUAUUCGAUCAGCAAGGCAGCGCUUGGACCUUCUUAGCAAGACGCAUGAACGGUGAUUUGGGAAGUUACACAAUCCUUCCCGAUCAAAUGCAAGUGGUCAAUCCUGUUCUGAUCCUCGUUUUCAUUCCACUAUUCGAGUAUUGCAUAUACCCGAUCUUCAAUAAAUUGAAAAUUUUGAGAACACCAUUGCAACGUCUUGUGGUAGGAGGUCUCCUUGCAGCCGUUGCCUUUGCUAUUACAGCUGGAAUAUCUAUGGCUAUUGAAGCAGAGGAACCAUUACGUCCAGAAUCCGGAACUUCGUUUGUACAUAUUUACAAUAAUCGCCAUGAUUGCAAAUUGGACAUUGAAUACGACGGAAAGAAUACUAUCAUAGAACCUCUUCAAUUUUACAAGUUUGUGACAAAUAAAGAGUCUAAAUUUGGAUUGAUCAAGUGUAAUGAAGAAGAAUUAAAAAAUCCUGACAUAACUUUCAAGACUGGUAAAAUCGUUGGAUACACUUUCCAGGACAAAAAAUAUUUAGAAGAGAUAGAGGAUGAUAUAUCUAAGGACAGCGAAGGCUUACCAACAGUAAGAACUCUUGUUCAUAGUACAGAACAAUCUGAGAUCAUUGAAUACAGGUUAGAUGGUACACUUGUAAAGGAUAGUAAGGUUAGUGACUACAGUGCAGCCUUUAAACUAGAUAAACCAGGCGACUACACUGUUAGUGUUGGAGACGUUGAAAUUGGCAAAUUUACAUUCAGUUUAGGUGGUGUUUAUGCUGUACUUUUUGACAAAGAAAAUGUAGAGAAAAGCAACGUAAUUACAGUAACAGAACCCAACAGUCUCCACGUACUCCUAUUAAUUCCGCAAUACGUGAUCAUCACAAUGGGAGAAAUCAUGUUCUCAGUUACAGGCUUAGAGUUUGCAUAUUCUCAGGCACCAAAAAGCAUGAAGUCCGUAGUCCAAGCUUGUUGGUUACUGACGACCGCAUUUGGUAACAUUAUAAUCAUCAUUAUUGAAUCGAUUGAAAUCUUCGAACUUCAGUCGAACAAUUUCUGGUUAUACUCUGGCCUAAUGGUUAUUGACAUGGUGAUUUUCUCUUUGAUGGCGAUGAGGUACAAAUACAUCGAAAAGGAAGGAGAUGAAGACAGCGACGCUGUAAAGGCUAGUGACAGUGAGGCUUUAGGUUUAGACAACAAAGCCUACAUUGAAAGUGAAAAGAAGCAGUGAAAAUGUUUAUUUUUUCUAAACUAUUAACUAUUAUUAAUAUUUUAUUUUUUUAAUUUAUUAUAUAUUAAUUAAGAGAUUUUAUUUAGAGAUUUGUACAUAUCCACAGUAUUCUGUUGAUUGUAUAUAAUAUAUUAGUUAAAUAAUGGACAAACCAUACAUUCUAAUGUUUGUUGUAUUAUUAAAAAAAGAACACUAUCAUAC